UCACACACCACACACACCAGUCACCUGGCCUGGGGUUCAGCUUCCGCAGCUGGUAGUUCCCCUUCUGGGGAACAAGCCCGUCUGAGGGCAGGUCCAAGUGCGUCCUCCGGCAGACAUGGCCCUGUCACUGCUGAUGGCCGUGCUGUGGGGCGGGUCUCAGGCUCAGAGCCUAGGAUUCUCCCUGCGAGUGCAGAGGGAGGUGACAGUGCAGGAGGGCCUCUGUGUGCAUGUGCCCUGCACCCUGUUCUACCCCCCGCACGGCUGGACGGAGGACACACCCGCCCUCGGCUACUGGUUCCUGGCCGGGACAGACACGACCACCGGAAGGCCAGUGGCCACAAACAAGCAGGAUCGAGAAGUGCAAGCCAGGUCCCAGGGCCGGUUCCAGCUCACUGGGGAUCCCAGGAACUACAGCUGCUCCCUGCUGAUCAGAGACGUCCGGGCAGAGGACAAGGGACAGUACAUCUUUCGGGUGGAGAGAGGCGGUUAUGUGCGAUAUAAUUUUCAGGAAAGCCCACUCAAUCUGAAAGUGACAGCCCUGACACAGAAGCCAGAUGUCUACGUCCCAGAGACCCUGGAUUCAGGACGCCAGGCGACCCUCAUCUGUGUGUUUAACUGGGCCUUUGAGGAAUGUCCAGCCCCUACAUUCUCCUGGAUGGGGGCCGCCGUCACCCCACAAGAGCCCGGACCAAAAUCCUCCUACUUCUCGGUGCUUUCUCUCACACCGAGACCCCGGGACCACGGCACCCAACUCACCUGCCGAGUAGACUUCUCCAGAAAGGGCGUGAGCGCAGAGACAACUGUUCAACUUAAUGUCACCUAUGCCCCCAAAGACCUAGUUAUCAGCGUUUCCCGAGCCCGGGUGUCAGCCCCGCAGCCUCAGGGAAACAGUCCGUAUCUGGAAGCCCAGAAAGGCCAGUUCCUGCAGCUGCUCUGUGCUGCCGAGAGCCAGCCCCCUGCCACCCUGAGCUGGGCCCUGGAGGACAGAAUCCUCUCUUGGUCCCACCCCUGGAGCCCGAGGCCCCUGGCCCUGCUGCUGCCCGGGGUGAGGCCUGGGGAUUCAGGCCGCUACACCUGCCGAGCGGAGAACAGGCUUGGCUCCCAGAACCGCACGCUGAAUCUCUCUGUGCAGUAUGCCCCAGAGAACCUGAGAGUGAUGGCCCUAGAAGCAAACAGGACAGUCCUGGAAAACCUUGGGAACUACAAGUCCCUCCCAGUCCUAGAGGGCCAAAGCUUGCGUCUGCUCUGUGUCGCCCACAGCAACCCCCCAGCCCGGCUGAGCUGGGCCCUGGGGGGACAGACUCUGAGCCCCUCCCAGCCCGCAGACCCCAGCAUCCUGGAGCUGCCUCAGAUACAAACGGAGCAUGAAGGAGUCCUCACCUGCCAAGCUCAGAAUUCGCUGGGCUCCCAGAACAUCUCCCUGUAUCUCUCUGUGGUCUACCCGCCUCGGCUGCUCAGCCCCUCCUGCUCCUGGGAGGGCGAGGGGCUGCGCUGCACCUGCUCCUCCCGAGCGAGGCCAGCCCCCACCCUGCGCUGGCGGCUGGGGGAGGGGCUGCUGGAGGGGAACCACAGCAACGCCUCCUUGACCGUCAACUCCAGCUCCGCGGGGCCCUGGGCCAACAGCUCCUUGAACCUCACUGGGCCGCUGGGCUCUGACCUCAGACUCAGCUGCGAGGCCCGGAAUGUGCACGGGGCCCAGAGCGCCGCCGUCCUGGUGCUGCUGCCAGAUAAGAAGGAACUCCUCUCAAAGGCAUUCUAUAACGGAACAUUUCUGGGCAUGGGCAUCUUGACACUCCUUUUCCUCUGCCUCAUCCUGGUCAUCAGGAAGGCUCUGAGGAAGAAACAGACCCCGACAGGGACUCCAGCCCAGGCAGGGACCCCUCCGAAGCCCAGGCCCACGCGGAGAAGCACGAUCUUGGACUACAUCAACGUGGUCCCCAAUCCUGGUCCCCCGGCUCGGAAUCGGAAAGCCACACCAAGCAGCCCUUCCCAGGCCUCCCCUCCAGGCGCUCCCUCCGGGGAAUGUAAGAAAAACCAGAAAGAGCGACAGGCUGCUCCCCACACUUGUCCAGGACCCAGAUCAUUCACGCAAGUCUCAGAAUCCCAGAAUCACCAAGAGGAGCUCCAUUACGCUGCCCUCACCUUCUCAGGCCCCAGACCGUGGCAGACCCGGGAGUCCAAGGAUACCGGCACGGAGUAUGAGGACAUCAGGUUCCACUGACGGUCUCCCAGCUGCGGGGCUGGGACCCGGGCUAGGCGGGAUGGAGAGGCAGAGGAACAGAAGCGGAUGUUCAGAGUGAGUUCAAGAGCAGCCACAUAAAUAUCUAGCUGGGCGACAGGACAGGAAGUCCCUGGGGGGCAAGGACACCGCGUGGAGACUGGGUGCGAACACUCCGUGCAACCCACGAGUCUAAGGAAGAGCGAACGCAGGGAGCAGGAACGUUCUCAAAAUGGAAUAAAAAGCAAAGCUCGCAGUGAGCUCUCUCCUGCAGCUGAAGAGAGAAGGCUGCUCUGCUUCUCCGAGGGAAGCACGUCCCCUCCUCCUGCCCCGGACUCACAGUCCUCACCGCUUCAUAGAAAGCUCUCUUGGGGGAUGGUUGCUACUCGCCAGGCAGAACAUCGAGGAGCCCAGAAGAGAUGUCGGUCUUUGCAUUAAAAAAAAAAAAAAAAAGCUUGGGGUGCCGGGG